CCGACCGCGGCCGUCGCUGGGAAAGCCGAGCUGUCUUGUUCCCGCAGAGCGCCCCGCCAUGAAGCCCAACUUCUCCCUGCGACUGAGGGUCUUUAACCUCAACUGCUGGGGCAUUCCCUACCUGAGCAAGCACCGAGCAGACCGCAUGAAGCGCCUGGGGGACUUUCUGAACAUGGAGAGCUUCGACCUAGCCCUGCUGGAGGAGGUGUGGAGUGAGCAGGACUUCCAGUACCUGAGACAGAAGCUGUUGCCUACCUACCCCGCUGCACACUACUUCAGGAGUGGCAUCAUUGGUAGUGGCCUCUGUGUCUUCUCCAAACACCCAAUCCAGGAAUUCACCCAGCACAUCUUCACCGUCAAUGGCUACCCCUAUAUGAUCCAUCAUGGUGACUGGUUCUGUGGGAAGGCUGUGGGGCUGCUGGUACUCCAGCUAAGUGGACUGGUGCUCAAUGCCUAUGUGACUCAUCUCCAUGCAGAGUACAAUCGACAGAAGGACAUCUACCUAGCACACCGUGUGGCCCAAGCUUGGGAACUGGCCCAUUUCAUCCACCAUACAUCCAAGAAGGCUGAUAUGGUUCUAUUGUGUGGGGACCUCAACUUGCACCCGAAGGACCUGGGUUACCGCCUGCUGAAGGAGUGGACAGGGCUACAUGAUGCCUACCUUGAGACACGGGACUUCAAGGGCUCUGAAGAAGGCUGUACAAUGGUACCUGGGAACUGCUACGUCAACCAGAAGGAGCUGGAGCGAUUUCCCUGUGGUAUCCGCAUCGACUAUGUGCUUUAUAAGGCGGUUUCUGGGUUGUACAUCUCCUGCAAGACUCUCAAAACCACUACCGGCCAGGACCCUCACAGUGGCUCUCCCCUCUCUGAUCAUGAGGCCCUGAUGGCUACUCUGUGUGUGAGACACAGCCCACCCCAGCACAACCCCAGCUCUACCCAAGGACCAGCAGAGAGCUCACCAUUGAUCAGUGUGCUAAGGGAGACCUUGACAGAACUGAAUCUGGCUGUGGCUCAAGCUUGUUGGUGGGCCACCUUUGCUGGCUACGGGAUUGGUCUGGGGCUGCUUCUCUUGGCAGUGCUGUGUGUCCUGGCAGCUGGAGGAGGGUUCAGAGAAGCUGCCAUACUGCUCUGGAGCCCCAGUGUAGGACUGACGCUGGGGGCAGGUGCAGUCUACAUCUUCCACAUGCAGGAGGCCAAGGGUUUAUGUAAGGCUCGGGCUGAGCUCCAACAUGUACUGGGAAGGACAAGGGAGGCCCAGGACCUGGGCCCAGAGUCUCAGCCAGCCUUGUUCCUGGGGCAUCAGGAGGGGGACAGGGCUGAAGACCAAUAAAGCUUGACACUUU